GCCAUCAACGCAACCAACGUCCUCUCUCGCUGCGCACCGCCACCUUUUAAACUACCUUGCGAUCGAUCAUGUCGCGAGCACCGCAAGAAAGGUAGGAUCCACGUACCAAGCGAUCGAUCAGCCGGAGCCGGCCAUGGGCGGCACGCCGCGGAGCAGCAUCGGCCACAUCCUGCCCGGCGCCGGCUUCGUCGCCGUCGGGCUGUGGCACCUGUUCAACCACAUGAAGCUCUUCGCCCUGCGCCCGGACGCCUACGUCGCGCCGGUGUGGUUCCCCGUGCCCCGCGCGCGCUACCUGGAGCUCGCCCUCAUCAUCGCCGGCAGCGCCGCGGAGUUCGCCAUGGAGAUGUUCGUCGACCACUCGACGCUCCUGCCGUUCGCCGCCGACGGGUCCAUCCCCUCCGACCGCCUCCACAACCACGAGCACGCCAUCAUCUGCCUGGCGCUCGUCGUCUACGCGGGCGCCGCCGUCCACCUCGACCGCGUCCGCGCCCCGGCCCGCGCCGCGCUCUGCCUCCUCCUCGUGGCGGCCGUCUUCGCGCAGGAGCUGCUCGUCUUCCACUUCCACUCCACCAACCACGCCGGCGUCGAGGGGCAGUUCCACUGGCUCCUGCAGCUCGUCGUCGCCGCCUGCCUCGCCACGGCGCUCCUGGGCAUCGGCUUCCCCCGGAGCUUCGCCGUCAGCCUGGCCAGGUCGGCCUGCAUCACGUUCCACGGGCUGUGGCUCAUCGUCAUCGGCGCCAUGGUGUGGGUGCCGAGCCUCGUGCCCAAGGGAUGCUCGCCGGUGCGCGAGGACGGCCGCGACACCGUGCGGUGCCACAGCAAGGAGAGCCUGCACCGCGCCCUGGCGCUCGCCAACCUGCAGUUCGGGUGGUACCUCUCCUUCAUGACGGUGUUCGUCGUCGCGCUCUACCUCUACGUGUGCAACAGGUACCCCGCCGCCGGGGAGGCGGCGGCGGCGGCGUACGCGCCGCUGCAGACAGCCGGCGACGAACACGACGAAGACAUGGACGCGCGCAAGGGCGGGGUUCUGGAGAUAGAGGUUUGAAACCUUCGUCAUGAAUGGGCAAAGGGUAGCACAGGGUUUUUCUACAAAACAAUUUUAUCACUCUUAAAAAAGUAGUAUUGUUUUUUAUAUAAAAUUGGUGUCUCAUGGUAUCUUAGAUACU